AUGGACGACCAAUCUCUGGACAGCGGCCCACACGUCUGCCUUACUCGCUCCAUUCCGUCGCGUCGCGACACCCUCCUCGUUAACCAACCCAACAUGGACGGCGGUAUGCACCAAUCUCGAAUCACCAGCCAACAAAUCCUUAUCGUCGAUCGGCUAUCUGCAAAUUUGAACGGUGCGCUGUGGCGGCUCAUAGCGGAUGAGCAGCAAAAUGACGUGCUGGCUCCCGUUACGGUCGUAACCCCCACGCGAUACGCCGGCCUGGCUCUGCGGCAGGAAUUGGGACGCACCGGGUUUGCUAACGUGAGGUUUAUGACGCUGCCCAUCCUGUCGGAACUGCUUGGCGCGGCCGCCCUCGAUCAACAGGGACGGAAACCGCUCACCACCGUGCUCGAAAACCUGGCGGUGCGGCGGGUGCUGGCCGACACCGACGGACCGUUGCAGGGCGUGCGGGAGCAUCCCAGCACCCAGUCCAGCGUUCGGGCCGCGUUACGACAACUCCGCAACACCGACGAGACCAUACGCUCCGCCCUGGCAGCCCGCGGCGGCAUCGUCGGCGAGAUGGCCCGCCUGCAUGAGAGCUUUCGCGAGCUUGCCGGCCAUGAGUGGUACGACGCCGAGGACCUGGCCGAGGCGGCGGCGGCAACGGUGAGCGCCGGCGCGGCCCCCGGACUCCCCGACUUGGGACUGAUCGUCUUCCACCUCCCCCACGGGCUUUCGCCGGGCCAGACCAGGUUGAUGGAGACUCUGGCCGAGCGCCACCGUUGCGCGGCUCUGCUGGGCACCACCGGCGACGAUGAUGCCAACGAGUCAACACGCGACUUGGCCGCCAGGUUGAGUCGCACGAUGCCGCCACCAGCCCGCGCCACUACCGGCGCGGAGGAAAUCCCUCUCCUCGCCGGCUCGGCCCAGUUGCACGUCGCACCCACCGCCCACGACGAACUGCGCUGGGUCAUCCGGCAAAUCAUCCGAGAAAUCAACGAGAACCGUACCCCAUUGCACCGCAUGGCCAUCCUCUUCCGAAUGGCUGAUCCGUACGCUUCUUUGGUCCGCGACGAAUUGCGCAUGGCCGGGAUUCCCAUGGCUGGGCCAGAUCGUGGGUCGUUGUCCGACACCGGGGUGGGCCGCGCUCUGAACGGACUUCUGGAGCUUUCGGGCAGCCAACUCCCGCGAUCCGACGUUAUGGCGUGGCUGAGCGGAUGCCCGGUGGGGAUCUCCGCCGGCGCGGGCCAGGGUUUCAGCCCCAGCCAGUGGGACGUGGUCACCAGGAAAGCGGGCAUCGUCGUCGGCCGGCAGCAGUGGCGGGACCGACUCGAUGCCCAUGCCCAGCGUCUGAGCACGGAUGCCGACCGGCGGGAAACCGACGGGGAAAUCAGCGUCUCCCGCGCCCACGGCAUGAGGUCCGAAGCGGCCGUUGCGCAAAGCAUACGCGCCUUCAUCGACAAACUCGCCGAGGACCUUGACCCGCCGCCCGAGGGUAGUUCCUGGCGAGAAUUCGCGGCGUGGGCCAGCGGCCUUUUGGACCAUUAUCUGGCAACCGACUUGAGCGAAUUGGACGACGCGGCCCUGGUAAGCGUGAGGAGGCUGCUGGACGAGUUCGCGGCGGCGGACAGCGUGCACCACGGCGCCACCCUGCCGGAGUUCCGCCAGAUGGUCGGUGAGAUGAUGAAUGCCCCAGUCGGACACCUGGGACCAACCGGGCAGGGAGUGUUCGUGUCCUCCUUCGCCGGCGCGGCCGGCAUGAGCUUCGAUGCAAUCUGGCUGGUCGGCAUGAUCGAGGGCGCGGUCCCACCGGCUCCGCGCCGCGACCCGCUGUUGACUGAACCCGACUGGCUGGCGUCCGGCGGCCACAAUCGCAUCCAGGCUCGCAUGGCGGAGGAACGCUACGAGUACCUCGCCGCCAUCGCGUCAGCCCCUCGUCGCACGCUGACCUAUCCCGUAGCCGACGGCGCGUCCCAAAGGCAGGCCUACCCGUCACGAUGGUUCCUGGAACAGGCGUCGGGGUUGUCGGGCUCCCCGGUGCGGACCGGCGACCUCCCGACGUUACGCGGUUGCGAUUGGCUCACCGUGGAUGAUUCGCCGGAACAGGCGGUUGCCAACGCCCAGGAGAUUGGCCUGGGGGAUCAUCGAGAUUUCCGGCUCAAGCGACUGCUGGAAUGGCGGCGGCGCGGACAUACCCUUGGCGACCAUCCCUACGCCAGCCGGGCCCCCCUGGCGCGCGCGCUCCGACUGGCCCGGCGGCGAUCCCUGCGCCAGCUCACCGAAUUCGACGGGAACCUGUCGGGGAUCGAGGAGAGCCAAAGGUUCCACAUCGGACCCGGUGGAACGCCGAUUUCGCCCACUGCACUGGAGACCUGGGCAACCUGCCCCUACCGGUAUUUCCUGGCGCAGGUGCUGAGGCUCAGCGCCCUGGACACCCCCGAAGAAACAUUCUCCAUCAACGCUCUUGAUCGCGGCACGUUGAGUCACGCUAUCCUUGAGCGGUUCAUGGGCGAGAGCGUGACGGGGGGCGAUUUGCCAUCACCCGGCGAACCGUGGGGCGCCGAUGACCGGGACCGCCUGAUGCGGAUCGCCGCUCAGAGCUUCCGACACGCGGAAACCCAGGGCGUGACCGGCAAACGGUUGCUGUGGGACAUGGUCAAAACCGAAGUCCUGUCCGACCUGGAGGCCUUCCUGGAAGCGGACGCCACAUUGCGGGAAGCCAGCGGAACCACGGAUGUUGUUGACGACCAAACGGGGAUCAGUUUCCGGGGAGUGAUCGACCGCAUCGACAUCAGCGCCGACGAAAAAAACGUCCUGGUCGUCGAUUACAAGACGGGCAGCGCGGACCCGUACCGGGGCCUGGACGACGAUCCAAUCGAUCAGGGUCGCCGUCUCCAGUUGGGUGUGUAUUCGCUGGCAGCCCGCGCGCGCUUCCCCGAGGCCGAUACCGUGGCCGCCGCUUACUGGUUCAGCACCAACCGCGGCCGGUUCCAAUUCGCCCCCACCGCGCCCUUCAACAUCGCCGACGAGGGCGUCGCGGAACGGUUCCGUGAGGGUGUAGACAGCAUCGUGGCCGGCAUCAACGCUGGAAUCUUCCCGGCGAAUCCCGGGCCCCCGGGCCGCUACGGACCGUCCAACUGCCAGUAUUGCGAUUUCAAUUCCGUGUGCCCAACCCGACGCAGCGAACUCUGGGAACGAAAGAAGUCCGAUGCGAUCCUGUCGGGCUACCUGCGACUUGCCGAAGCAGAUGGGGAGAAGGACUGA